AUGCCAAGAAGAAGGCCGAAGCUGACAAGAAGACUGAAGCUGACAAGAAGAAGGCUGAAGAAGAGGCCAAAAAGAAGGCCGAGGCUGACAAGAAGACUGAAGCCGAUAAAAAGAAGGCCGAAGAAGAGGCCAAGAAGAAGCCUGAGGCUGACAAGAAGACUGAAGCCGAUAAGAAGAAGGCUGAAGAGGAGGCCAAGAAGAAGGCUGAGGCUGACAAGAAGACUGAAGCCGAUAAGAAGAAGGCUGAAGAGGAGGCCAAGAAGAAGGCUGAGGCUGACAAGAAGACUGAAGCCGAUAAGAAGAAGGCUGAAGAGGAGGCCAAGAAGAAGGCCGAGGCUGACAAGAAGACUGAAGCCGAUAAGAAGAAGGCCGAAGAAGAGGCCAAGAAGAAGCCUGAGGCUGACAAGAAGACUGAAGCCGAUAAGAAGAAGGCUGAAGAGGAUGCCAAGAAGAAGGCCGAAGCUGACAAGAAGACUGAAGCUGACAAGAAGAAGGCCGAAGAAGAGGCCAAGAAGAAGGCUGAAGAAGAGGCCAAGAAGAAGGCCGAAGCUGACAAGAAGACUGAAGCCGAUAAGAAGAAGGCUGAAGAGGAUGCCAAGAAGAAGGCCGAAGCUGACAAGAAGACUGAAGCCGAUAAGAAGAAGGCCGAAGAAGAGGCCAAGAAGAAGCCUGAGGCUGACAAGAAGACUGAAGCCGAUAAGAAGAAGGCUGAAGAGGAUGCCAAGAAGAAGGCCGAGGCUGACAAGAAGACUGAAGCCGAUAAGAAGACUGAAGCCGAUAAGAAGAAGGCCGAAGAGGAGGCCAAGAAGAAGGCCGAAGCUGACAAGAAGACUGAAGCCGAUAAGAAGAAGGCCGAAGAGGAGGCCAAGAAGAAGGCAGAGGCUGAGAAGAAGACUGAAGCCGAUAAGAAGAAGGCUGAGGCUGACAAGAAGACUGAAGCCGAUAAGAAGAAGGCUGAAGAAGAGGCCAAGAAGAAGGCCGAGGCUGACAAGAAGACUGAAGCCGAUAAGAAGAAAGCCGAAGAAGAGGCCAAGAAGAAGGCUGAGGCUGACAAGAAGACUGAAGCCGAUAAGAAGAAGGCUGAAGAGGAGGCCAAGAAGAAGGCUGAGGCUGACAAGAAGACUGAAGCCGAUAAGAAGAAGGCCGAAGAAGAGGCCAAGAAGAAGCCUGAGGCUGACAAGAAGACUGAAGCCGAUAAGAAGAAGGCUGAAGAGGAGGCCAAGAAGAAGGCCGAAGCUGACAAGCAGACUGAAACCGAUAAGAAGAAGGCUGAAGAGGAGGCCAAGAAGAAGGCCGAAGAAGAGGCCAAAAAGAAGGCCGAGGCUGACAAGAAGACUGAAGCCGAUAAGAAGAAGGCUGAAGAGGAGGCCAAAAAGAAGGCCGAAGAAGAGGCCAAGAAGAAGGCCGAAGCUGACAAGAAGACUGAAGCCGAUAAGAAGAAGGCUGAAGAGGAGGCCAAGAAGAAGGCCGAAGCUGACAAGAAGACUGAAGCCGAUAAGAAGAAGGCUGAAGAGGAGGCCAAGAAGAAGGCCGAAGAAGAGGCCAAAAAUAAGGCCGAGGCUGACAAGAAGACUGAAGCCGAUAAGAAGAAGGCUGAAGAGGAGGCCAACAAGAAGGCCGAAGCUGACAAGAAGACUGAAGCCGAUAAGAAGAAGGCUGAAGAGGAGGCCAACAAGAAGGCCGAAGCUGACAAGAAGACUGAAGCCGAUAAGAAGAAGGCCGAAGAAGAGGCCAAGAAGAAGGCUGAGGCUGACAAGAAGACUGAAGCCGAUAAGAAGAAGGCUGAAGAGGAGGCCAAGAAGAAGGCCGAAGCUGACAAGAAGACUGAAGCCGAUAAGAAGAAGGCUGAAGAGGAGGCCAAGAAGAAGGCUGAGGCUGACAAGAAGACUGAAGCCAAUAAGAAGAAGGCUGAGGCUGACAAGAAGACUGAAGCCGAUAAGAAGAAGGCUGAAGAGGAGGCCAAGAAGAAGGCCGAAGCUGACAAGAAGACUGAAGCCGAUAAGAAGAAAGCCGAAGAAGAGGCCAAGAAGAAGGCUGAGGCUGACAAGAAGACUGAAGCCGAUAAGAAGAAGGCUGAAGAGGAGGCCAAGAAGAAGGCCGAAGCUGACAAGAAGACUGAAGCCGAUAAGAAGAAGGCUGAAGAGGAGGCCAAGAAGAAGGCUGAGGCUGACAAGAAGACUGAAGCCAAUAAGAAGAAGGCUGAGGCUGACAAGAAGACUGAAGCCGAUAAGAAGAAGGCUGAAGAAGAGGCCAAGAAGAAGGCCGAGGCUGACAAGAAGACUGAAGCCGAUAAGAAGAAAGCCGAAGAAGAGGCCAAGAAGAAGGCUGAGGCUGACAAGAAGACUGAAGCCGAUAAGAAGAAGGCUGAAGAGGAGGCCAAGAAGAAGGCUGAGGCUGACAAGAAGACUGAAGCCGAUAAGAAGAAGGCCGAAGAAGAGGCCAAGAAGAAGCCUGAGGCUGACAAGAAGACUGAAGACGAUAAGAAGAAGGCCGAAGAAGAGGCCAAGAAGAAGCCUGAGGCUGACAAGAAGACUGAAGCCGAUAAGAAGAAGGCUGAAGAGGAGGCCAAGAAGAAGGCCGAAGCUGACAAGAAGACUGAAACCGAUAAGAAGAAGGCUGAAGAGGAGGCCAAGAAGAAGGCCGAAGAAGAGGCCAAAAAGAAGGCCGAGGCUGACAAGAAGACUGAAGCCGAUAAGAAGAAGGCUGAAGAGGAGGCCAAAAAGAAGGCCGAAGAAGAGGCCAAGAAGAAGGCCGAAGCUGACAAGAAGACUGAAGCCGAUAAGAAGAAGGCUGAAGAGGAUGCCAAGAAGAAGCCUGAGGCUGACAAGAAGACUGAAGCCGAUAAGAAGAAGGCUGAAGAGGAGGCCAAGAAGAAGGCUGAGGCUGACAAGAAGACUGAAGCCGAUAAGAAGAAGGCUGAAGAGGAGGCCAAGAAGAAGGCUGAGGCUGACAAGAAGACUGAAGCCGAUAAGAAGAAGGCUGAAGAGGAGGCCAAGAAGAAGGCCGAGGCUGACAAGAAGACUGAAGCCGAUAAGAAGAAGGCCGAAGAAGAGGCCAAGAAGAAGCCUGAGGCUGACAAGAAGACUGAAGCCGAUAAGAAUAAGGCUGAAGAGGAUGCCAAGAAGAAGGCCGAAGCUGACAAGAAGACUGAAGCUGACAAGAAGAAGGCCGAAGAAGAGGCCAAGAAGAAGGCUGAAGAAGAGGCCAAGAAGAAGGCCGAAGCUGACAAGAAGACUGAAGCCGAUAAGAAGAAGGCUGAAGAGGAUGCCAAGAAGAAGGCCGAAGCUGACAAGAAGACUGAAGCCGAUAAGAAGAAGGCCGAAGAAGAGGCCAAGAAGAAGCCUGAGGCUGACAAGAAGACUGAAGCCGAUAAGAAGAAGGCUGAAGAGGAUGCCAAGAAGAAGGCCGAGGCUGACAAGAAGACUGAAGCCGAUAAGAAGACUGAAGCCGAUAAGAAGAAGGCCGAAGAGGAGGCCAAGAAGAAGGCCGAAGCUGACAAGAAGACUGAAGCCGAUAAGAAGAAGGCCGAAGAGGAGGCCAAGAAGAAGGCAGAGGCUGAGAAGAAGACUGAAGCCGAUAAGAAGAAGGCCGAAGAGGAGGCCAAGAAGAAGGCCGAGGCUGACAAGAAGACUGAAGCCGAUAAGAAGAAGGCCGAAGAGGAGGCCAAGAAGAAGGCCGAGGCUGAGAAGAAGACUGAAGCCGAUAAGAAGAAGGCCGAAGAGGAGGCCAAGAAGGAGGCCGAGGCUGACAAGAAGACUGAAGCCGAUAAAAAGAAGGCCGAGGCUGACAAGAAGACUGAAGCCGAUAAGAAGAAGGCCGAAGAGGAGGCCAAGAAGAAGGCCGAGGCUGAGAAGAAGACUGAAGCCGAUAAGAAGAAGGCCGAAGAGGAGGCCAAGAAGAAGGCCGAGGCUGAGAAGAAGACUGAAGCCGAUAAGAAGAAGGCCGAAGAGGAGGCCAAGAAGAAGGCCGAGGCUGACAAGAAGACUGAAGCCGAUAAGAAGAAGGCCGAAGAGGAGGCCAAGAAGAAGGCCGAGGCUGACAAGAAGACUGAAGCCGAUAAGAAGAAGGCCGAAGAGGAGGCCAAGAAGAAGGCCGAGGCUGACAAGAAGACUGAAGGCGAUAAGAAGACUGAAGCCGAUAAGAAGAAGGCCGAAGAAGAGGCCAAGAAGAAGGCCGAAGCUGACAAGAAGACUGAAGCCGAUAAGAAGAAGGCUGAAGAGGAGGCCAAGAAGAAGGCCGAAGCUGACAAGAAGACUGAAGCCGAUAAGAAGAAGGCCGAAGAGGAGGCCAAGAAGAAGGCCGAAGCUGACAAGAAGACUGCAGCCGAUAAGAAGAAGGCCGAAGAGGAGGCCAAGAAGAAGGCCGAAGCCGAUAAGAAGACUGAAACCGAUAAGAAGAAGGCCGAAGAGGAGGCCAAGAAGAAGGCCGAAGCUGACAAGAAGACUGAAGCCGAUAAGAAGAAGGCCGAAGAGGAGGCCAAGAAGAAGGCCGAGGCUGACAAGAAGACUGAAGCCGAUAAGAAGAAGGCCGAAGAGGAGGCCAAGAAGAAGGCCGAGGCUGACAAGAAGACUGAAGCCGAUAAGAAGAAGGCCGAAGAGGAGGCCAAGAAGAAGGCCGAGGCUGACAAGAAGACUGAAGCCGAUAAGAAGACUGAAGCCGAUAAGAAGACUGAAGCCGAUAAGAAGACUGAAGCCGAUAAGAAGACUGAAGCCGAUAAGAAGACUGAAGCCGAUAAGAAGAAGGCCGAAGAGGAGGCCAAGAAGAAGGCCGAGGCUGACAAGAAGACUGAAGCCGAUAAGAAGAAGGCCGAAGAGGAGGCCAAGAAGAAGGCCGAAGCUGACAAGAAGACUGAAGCCGAUAAGAAGACUGAAGCCGAUAAGAAGACUGAAGCCGAUAAGAAGACUGAAGCCGAUAAGAAGACUGAAGCCGAUAAGAAGACUGAAGCCGAUAAGAAGACUGAAGCCGAUAAGAAGACUGAAGCCGAUAAGAAGACUGAAGCCGAUAAGAAGAAGGCCGAAGAGGAGGCCAAGAAGAAGGCCGAAGAAGAGGCCAAGAAGAAGGCCGAAGCUGACAAGAAGACUGAAGCCGAUAAGAAGAAGGCUGAAGAGGAGGCCAAGAAGAAGGCCGAAGCUGACAAGAAGACUGAAGCCGAUAAGAAGAAGGCCGAAGAGGAGGCCAAGAAGAAGGCCGAAGCUGACAAGAAGACUGCAGCCGAUAAGAAGAAGGCCGAAGAGGAGGCCAAGAAGAAGGCCGAAGCCGAUAAGAAGACUGAAACCGAUAAGAAGAAGGCCGAAGAGGAGGCCAAGAAGAAGGCCGAAGCUGACAAGAAGACUGAAGCCGAUAAGAAGAAGGCCGAAGAGGAGGCCAAGAAGAAGGCCGAGGCUGACAAGAAGACUGAAGCCGAUAAGAAGAAGGCCGAAGAGGAGGCCAAGAAGAAGGCCGAGGCUGACAAGAAGACUGAAGCCGAUAAGAAGAAGGCCGAAGAGGAGGCCAAGAAGAAGGCCGAGGCUGACAAGAAGACUGAAGCCGAUAAGAAGACUGAAGCCGAUAAGAAGACUGAAGCCGAUAAGAAGACUGAAGCCGAUAAGAAGACUGAAGCCGAUAAGAAGACUGAAGCCGAUAAGAAGAAGGCCGAAGAGGAGGCCAAGAAGAAGGCCGAGGCUGACAAGAAGACUGAAGCCGAUAAGAAGAAGGCCGAAGAGGAGGCCAAGAAGAAGGCCGAAGCUGACAAGAAGACUGAAGCCGAUAAGAAGACUGAAGCCGAUAAGAAGACUGAAGCCGAUAAGAAGACUGAAGCCGAUAAGAAGACUGAAGCCGAUAAGAAGACUGAAGCCGAUAAGAAGACUGAAGCCGAUAAGAAGACUGAAGCCGAUAAGAAGAAGGCCGAAGAGGAGGCCAAGAAGAAGGCCGAGGCUGACAAGAAGACUGAAGCCGAUAAGAAGAAGGCCGAAGAGGAGGCCAAGAAGAAGGCCGAGGCUGAGAAGAAGACUGAAGCCGAUAAGAAGAAGGCCGAAGAGGAGGCCAAGAAGAAGGCCGAAGCUGACAAGAAGACUGAAGCCGAUAAGAAGAAGGCCGAAGAGGAGGCCAAGAAGAAGGCCGAAGCCGAUAAGAAGACUGAAACCGAUAAGAAGAAGGCCGAAGAGGAGGCCAAGAAGAAGGCCGAAGCUGACAAGAAGACUGAAGCCGAUAAGAAGAAGGCCGAAGAGGAGGCCAAGAAGAAGGCCGAAGCUGACAAGAAGACUGAAGCCGAUAAGAAGAAGGCCGAAGAGGAGGCCAAGAAGAAGGCCGAGGCUGACAAGAAGACUGAAGCCGAUAAGAAGGCCGAAGCCGAUAAGAAGACUGAAACCGAUAAGAAGAAGGCCGAAGAGGAGGCCAAGAAGAAGGCCGAAGCUGACAAGAAGACUGAAGCCGAUAAGAAGAAGGCCGAAGAGGAGGCCAAGAAGAAGGCCGAGGCUGAGAAGAAGACUGAAGCCGAUAAGAAGAAGGCCGAAGAGGAGGCCAAGAAGAAGGCCGAAGCUGACAAGAAGACUGCAGCCGAUAAGAAGAAGGCCGAAGAGGAGGCCAAGAAGAAGGCCGAGGCUGACAAGAAGACUGAAGCCGAUAAGAAGAAGGCCGAAGAGGAGGCCAAGAAGAAGGCCGAGGCUGACAAGAAGACUGAAGCCGAUAAGAAGAAGGCCGAAGAGGAGGCCAAGAAGAAGGCCGAAGCUGACAAGAAGACUGAAGCCGAUAAGAAGAAGGCCGAAGAGGAGGCCAAGAAGAAGGCCGAGGCUGACAAGAAGACUGAAGCCGAUAAGAAGAAGGCCGAAGAAGAGGCCAAGAAGAAGGCCGAGGCUGACAAGAAGACUGAAGCCGAUAAGAAGAAGGCCGAAGAAGAGGCCAAGAAGAAGGCCGAAGCUGACAAGAAGGCUGAAGCCGAUAAGAAGGCUGAAGCCGAUAAGAAGAAGGCCGAAGAGGAGGCCAAAAAGAAGGCCGAAGCUGACAAGAAGACUGAAGCCGAUAAGAAGAAGGCCGAAGAGGAGGCCAAGAAGAAGGCCGAAGCUGACAAGAAGACUGAAGCCGAUAAGAAGAAGGCCGAAGAAGAGGCCAAGAAGAAGGCCGAGGCUGACAAGAAGACUGAAGCCGAUAAGAAGAAGGCCGAAGAAGAGGCCAAGAAGAAGGCCGAGGCUGACAAGAAGACUGAAGCCGAUAAGAAGAAGGCCGAAGAAGAGGCCAAGAAGAAGGCCGAAGCUGACAAGAAGGCUGAAGCCGAUAAGAAGGCUGAAGCCGAUAAGAAGAAGGCCGAAGAGGAGGCCAAGAAGAAGGCCGAGGCUGACAAGAAGACUGAAGCCGAUAAGAAGAAGGCCGAAGAGGAGGCCAAGAAGAAGGCCGAAGCUGACAAGAAGACUGAAGCCGAUAAGAAGAAGGCCGAAGAAGAGGCCAAGAAGAAGGCCGAAGCUGACAAGAAGACUGAAGCCGAUAAAAAGAAGGCCGAGGCUGACAAGAAGACUGAAGCCGAUAAGAAGAAGGCCGAAGAGGAGGCCAAGAAGAAGGCCGAGGCUGACAAGAAGACUGAAGCCGAUAAGAAGAAGGCCGAAGAAGAGGCCAAGAAGAAGGCCGAAGCUGACAAGAAGGCUGAAGCCGAUAAGAAGACUGAAGCCGAUAAAAAGAAGGCCGAAGAGGAGGCCAAGAAGAAGGCCGAGGCUGACAAGAAGACUGAAGCCGAUAAGAAGAAGGCCGAAGAAGAGGCCAAGAAGAAGGCCGAGGCUGACAAGAAGACUGAAGCCGAUAAAAAGAACGCCGAGGCUGACAAGAAGACUGAAGCCGAUAAGAAGAAGGCCGAAGAAGAGGCCAAGAAGAAGGCCGAGGCUGACAAGAAGACUGAAGCCGAUAAGAAGAAGGCCGAAGAAGAGGCCAAGAAGAAGGCCGAGGCUGACAAGAAGACUGAAGCCGAUAAAAAGAACGCCGAGGCUGACAAGAAGACUGAAGCCGAUAAGAAGAAGGCCGAAGAAGAGGCCAAGAAGAAGGCCGAAGCUGACAAGAAGGCUGAAGCCGAUAAGAAGACUGAAGCCGAUAAGAAGAAGGCCGAAGAGGAGGCCAAGAAGAAGGCCGAGGCUGACAAGAAGACUGAAGCCGAUAAGAAGAAGGCCGAAGAAGAGGCCAAGAAGAAGGCCGAAGCUGACAAGAAGGCUGAAGCCGAUAAGAAGACUGAAGCCGAUAAGAAGAAGGCCGAAGAGGAGGCCAAGAAGAAGGCCGAGGCUGACAAGAAGACUGAAGCCGAUAAGAAGAAGGCUGAAGAAGAGGCCGAGAAGAAGGCCGAAGCUGACAAGAAGACUGAAGCCGAUAAGAAGAAGGCCGAAGAGGAGGCCAAGAAGAAGGCCGAGGCUGACAAGAAGACUGAAGCCGAUAAGAAGAAGGCCGAAGGAGAGGCCGAGAAGAAAGCCGAAGCUGACAAGAAGGCUGAAGCCGAUAAGAAGACUGAAGCCGAUAAGAAGAAGGCCGAAGAGGAGGCCAAGAAGAAGGCCGAGGCUGACAAGAAGACUGAAGCCGAUAAGAAGAAGGCCGAAGAGGAGGCCGAGAAGAAGGCCGAAGCUGACAAGAAGGCUGAAGCCGAUAAGAAGAAGGCCGAAGAGGAGGCCGAGAAGAAGGCCGAAGCUGACAAGAAGGCUGAAGCCGAUAAGAAGACUGAAGCCGAUAAGAAGAAGGCCGAAGAGGAGGCCAAGAAGAAGGCCGAGGCUGACAAGAAGACUGAAGCCGAUAAGAAGACUGAAGCCGAUAAGAAGAAGGCCGAAGAGGAGGCCAAGAAGAAGGCCGAGGCUGACAAGAAGACUGAAGCCGAUAAGAAGAAGGCCGAAGAAGAGGCCAAGAAGAAGGCCGAAGCUGACAAGAAGACUGAAGCCGAUAAGAAGAAGGCCGAGGCUGACAAGAAGACUGAAGCAGAUAAGAAGACUGAAGCCGAUAAGAAGAAGGCCGAAGAGGAGGCCAAGAAGAAGGCCGAGGCUGACAAGAAGACUGAAGCCGAUAAGAAGACUGAAGCCGAUAAGAAGAAGGCCGAAGAGGAGGCCAAGAAGAAGGCCGAGGCUGACAAGAAGACUGAAGCCGAUAAGAAGACUGAAGCCGAUAAGAAGAAGGCCGAGGCUGACAAGAAGACUGAAGCCGAUAAGAAGAAGGCCGAAGAGGAGGCCAAGAAGAAGGCCGAGGCUGACAAGAAGACUGAAGCCGAUAAGAAGAAGGCCGAAGAAGAGGCCGAGAAGAAGGCCGAAGCUGACAAGAAGGCUGAAGCCGAUAAGAAGACUGAAGCCGAUAAGAAGAAGGCCGAAGAAGAGGCCAAGAAGAAGGCCGAGGCUGACAAGAAGACUGAAGCCGAUAAGAAGAAGGCCGAAGAAGAGGCCAAGAAGAAGGCCGAGGCUGACAAGAAGACUGAAGCCGAUAAGAAGAAGGCCGAAGAAGAGGCCAAGAAGGAGGCCGAAGCUGACAAGAAGGCUGAAGCCGAUAAGAAGACUGAAGCCGAUAAGAAGAAGGCCGAAGAGGAGGCCAAGAAGAAGGCCGAAGCUGACAAGAAGACUGAAGCCGAUAAGAAGAAGGCCGAAGAGGAGGCCAAGAAGAAGGCCGAAGCUGACAAGAAGACUGAAGCCGAUAAGAAGAAGGCCGAAGAGGAGGCCAAGAAGAAGGCCGAGGCUGACAAGAAGACUGAAGCCGAUAAAAAGACUGAAGCCGAUAAGAAGAAGGCCGAGGCUGACAAGAAGACUGAAGCCGAUAAAAAGACUGAAGCCGAUAAGAAGAAGGCCGAAGAGGAGGCCAAGAAGAAGGCCGAGGCUGACAAGAAGACUGAAGCCGAUAAAAAGACUGAAGCCGAUAAGAAGAAGGCCGAGGCUGACAAGAAGACUGAAGCCGAUAAGACGAAGGCCGAAGAGGAGGCCAAGAAGAAGGCCGAGGCUGACAAGAAGACUGAAGCAGAUAAGAAGACUGAAGCCGAUAAGAAGAAGGCCGAAGAGGAGGCCAAGAAGAAGGCCGAAGCUGACAAGAAGACUGAAGCCGAUAAGAAGAAGGCCGAGGAGGAGGCCAAGAAGAAGGCCGAAGCUGACAAGAAGACUGAAGCCGAUAAGAAGACUGAAGCCGAUAAGAAGAAGGCCGAAGAGGAGGCCAAGAAGAAGGCCGAAGCUGACAAGAAGACUGAAGCCGAUAAGAAGAAGGCCGAGGAGGAGGCCAAGAAGAAGGCCGAAGCUGACAAGAAGACUGAAGCCGAUAAGAAGAAGGCCGAAGAGGAGGCCAAGAAGAAGGCCGAGGCUGACAAGAAGACUGAAGCCGAUAAGAAGACUGAAGCCGAUAAGAAGAAGGCCGAAGAGGAGGCCAAGAAGAAGGCCGAAGCUGACAAGAAGACUGAAGCCGAUAAGAAGAAGGCCGAGGAGGAGGCCAAGAAGAAGGCCGAGGCUGACAAGAAGACUGCAGCCGAUAAGAAGAAGGCCGAAGAGGAGGCCAAGAAGAAGGCCGAGGCUGACAAGAAGACUGAAGCCGAUAAGAAGAAGGCCGAAGAAGAGGCCAAGAAGAAGGCCGAGGCUGACAAGAAGACUGAAGCCGAUAAGAAGAAGGCCGAAGAAGAGGCCAAGAAGAAGGCCGAGGCUGACAGGAAGACUGAAGCCGAUAAGAAGAAGGCCGAAGAAGAGGCCAAGAAGAAGGCCGAAGCCGAUAAAAAGACUGAAGCCGAUAAGAAGAAGGCCGAAGAAGAGGCCAAGAAGAAGGCCGAAGCCGAUAAAAAGACUGAAGCCGAUAAGAAGAAGGCCGAAGAGGAGGCCAAGAAGAAGGCCGAGGCUGACAAGAAGACUGAAGCCGAUAAGAAGAAGGCCGAAGAAGAGGCCAAGAAGAAGGCCGAGGCUGACAAGAAGACUGAAGCCGAUAAGAAGAAGGCCGAAGAAGAGGCCAAGAAGAAGGCCGAGGCUGACAAGAAGACUGAAGCCGAUAAGAAGAAGGCCGAAGAAGAGGCCAAGAAGAAGGCCGAAGCCGAUAAAAAGACUGAAGCCGAUAAGAAGAAGGCCGAAGAGGAGGCCAAGAAGAAGGCCGAGGCUGACAAGAAGACUGAAGCCGAUAAGAAGAAGGCCGAAGAAGAGGCCAAGAAGAAGGCCGAGGCUGACAAGAAGACUGAAGCCGAUAAGAAGAAGGCCGAAGAAGAGGCCAAGAAGAAGGCCGAAGCCGAUAAAAAGACUGAAGCCGAUAAGAAGAAGGCCGAAGAGGAGGCCAAGAAGAAGGCCGAGGCUGACAAGAAGACUGAAGCCGAUAAAAAGACUGAAGCCGAUAAGAAGAAGGCCGAAGAGGAGGCCAAGAAGAAGGCCGAGGCUGACAAGAAGACUGAAGCCGAUAAAAAGACUGAAGCCGAUAAGAAGAAGGCCGAAGAAGAGGCCAAGAAGAAGGCCGAAGCUGACAAGAAGACUGAAGCCGAUAAGAAGAAGGCCGAAGAGGAGGCCAAGAAGAAGGCCGAAGCUGACAAGAAGACUGAAGCCGAUAAAAAGACUGAAGCCGAUAAGAAGAAGGCCGAAGAGGAGGCCAAGAAGAAGGCCGAGGCUGACAAGAAGACUGAAGCCGAUAAAAAGACUGAAGCCGAUAAGAAGAAGGCCGAAGAGGAGGCCAAGAAGAAGGCCGAGGCUGACAAGAAGACUGAAGCCGAUAAAAAGACUGAAGCCGAUAAGAAGAAGGCCGAGGCUGACAAGAAGACUGAAGCCGAUAAAAAGACUGAAGCCGAUAAGAAGAAGGCCGAGGCUGACAAGAAGACUGAAGCCGAUAAAAAGACUGAAGCCGAUAAGAAGAAGGCCGAAGAGGAGGCCAAGAAGAAGGCCGAGGCUGACAAGAAGACUGAAGCCGAUAAAAAGACUGAAGCCGAUAAGAAGAAGGCCGAGGCUGACAAGAAGACUGAAGCCGAUAAAAAGACUGAAGCCGAUAAGAAGAAGGCCGAAGAGGAGGCCAAGAAGAAGGCCGAGGCUGACAAGAAGACUGAAGCAGAUAAGAAGACUGAAGCCGAUAAGAAGAAGGCCGAGGCUGACAAGAAGACUGAAGCCGAUAAAAAGACUGAAGCCGAUAAGAAGAAGGCCGAAGAGGAGGCCAAGAAGAAGGCCGAGGCUGACAAGAAGACUGAAGCCGAUAAAAAGACUGAAGCCGAUAAGAAGAAGGCCGAGGCUGACAAGAAGACUGAAGCCGAUAAGACGAAGGCCGAAGAGGAGGCCAAGAAGAAGGCCGAGGCUGACAAGAAGACUGAAGCCGAUAAGAAGAAGGCCGAAGAAGAGGCCAAGAAGAAGGCCGAGGCUGACAAGAAGACUGAAGCAGAUAAGAAGACUGAAGCCGAUAAGAAGAAGGCCGAAGAGGAGGCCAAGAAGAAGGCCGAAGCUGACAAGAAGACUGAAGCCGAUAAGAAGAAGGCCGAAGAGGAGGCCAAGAAGAAGGCCGAAGCUGACAAGAAGACUGAAGCCGAUAAGAAGAAGGCCGAGGAGGAGGCCAAGAAGAAGGCCGAGGCUGACAAGAAGACUGAAGCAGAUAAGAAGACUGAAGCCGAUAAGAAGAAGGCCGAAGAGGAGGCCAAGAAGAAGGCCGAAGCUGACAAGAAGACUGAAGCCGAUAAGAAGAAGGCCGAAGAGGAGGCCAAGAAGAAGGCCGAAGCUGACAAGAAGACUGAAGCCGAUAAGAAGAAGGUCGAGGAGGAGGCCAAGAAGACUGAAGCCGAUAAAAAGACUGAAGACGAUAAGAAGAAGGCCGAAGAGGAGGCCAAGAAGAAGGCCGAGGCUGA